AUGGUGGAGAUGUUCAAAUCUCGUGUAUUUUUCUUAACGAUUUACAUUCGAGAAGCCCAUGCAUGCGACGAGUGGAAAUUGGGAGACAGGAUUUGCAUUGAGCAACACAAGACCAUUGAGGAACGAUUGGAUGCAACGAAACAAAUGAUGAAUGGCAUGGACUAUCAUAUUCCUACUGCAGUGGAUGGCAUUGAGGACGGAUUUGAAAAGAUGUUUGCUGUUUGGCCUCAACGUUUCAUCUUACUUGAGAACAAUGAUGCCAAGUUGUUGCAUGUCAGCAAACCCGAAACGUAUGACACUUUCGAUGGUCAUGAUCCUAAAGCAUUCUAUCAAGUACUCAUAAAAUGUCUAAAGAAAGCUGACAAAUAA